AUGAGUUACAAGAACAUUGCUCGAUUGGUGUUGCAAAACAACCGCCAGUUCUCCCGCACCGCAACGGCAUCGUCCGGUGAGGUUGCCGAGGGCUACAAGCAGCUGAAACACAUUCAAGAGAAGUUUCAGAAACCGGAUGGAAAGCCCGUCUUCCUGAAGGGUGGCCCGAUGGAUAAUGUGCUCUUCGGCGUGACGGUUGCUCUCAGCCUGGUUGGUCUGGCCGGUAUCGGAAAGCUGUUCUACGAGCUAAGCUACCCGAAGAAGGACGAAUAA